GAUAAACCUGGAUGGAAAAGCACAAUGGAACAGUGCUGAGUGAAUUCAUCCUCCUGGGAAUCACAGACCGCCCCGAGCUGCAGGCUCCACUGUUUGGGCUCUUCCUGCUCAUCUACGUGAUCUCGGUGGUGGGCAACUUGGGCAUGGUCACCCUCACCAAGGUGGACGCCAGGCUCCAAACCCCCAUGUACUUCUUUCUCAGACACCUGUCUCUCACCGAUCUGGGGUAUUCAACCACCGUGGGACCCAAGAUGUUAGAAAGUUUUGUUGUUGCUCAAAAUACAAUCUCCUAUUAUUUUUGUGCCACCCAGGGAGCUUUCUACAUUAUGUUUAUUGUUAGUGAGUUUUUCAUUCUAUCAGCGAUGUCCUAUGACCGCUAUGUGGCCAUCUGUCACCCUCUGCUCUACACCAUCAUGAUGUCCCAAAGGGUUUGUCACAUGCUCUUGGCAUUCCCCUAUCUCUAUAGCAUAGUUGUGUCUCUCUGUGUCAGUGUCAAGGUAUUCACCUCAUCCUUCUGUGGCUACAAUGUUGUCAGUCAUUUCUACUGUGACUGUCUUUCCUUGCUGUCUCUGCUCUGCUCCAAUACACAUGACAUUGAAAUGAUUAUUCUACUUUUCUCAGUUUUUAGUUUACUUUCAUCUAUCCUGAUAGUUCUUGUAUCCUACCUGCUUGUCCUUGGGGCCAUUUUCAGAAUGAGCUCUGCUGGGGGCAGGUACAAGGCUUUGUCCACCUGUGGAUCCCACCUGACAGUGGCCACAGUGUUCUAUGGGACUUUACUGUGUAUGUACUUGCAGCCCAAGUCCCGUCAUUCCUUUGACAGUGAUAAAGUGACCUCCAUAUUUUAUACCCUCAUUAUCCCCAUGUUGAAUCCUUUUAUCUACAGCCUGAGGAACAAAGAUGUAAAAUAUGCGCUUCGUAAGGUGUGGACGAAAACUCACAAUGUCGUCUCUUAA